ACAUUGAUUUUGACACUUGACAACGCGUAUAACCUCCGAAAAUAUUUAAAAAUAUCAAAACAAACGUUAUUAUAAAAUAAAUAAACAUGUAUUUCAUGUUUUUAUUGAGCAUAUUGUCCCUGGUGUUACAGGCGACGUUUAUAACGUUAGCUUUAGCGGCCGGAUUAUUCUAUCUAGCCGAGUUAGUCGAGGAGUACACGGUUAUGGCAAAAUAUGUAAUAUCAUGGGUUGUCAUUGCAACAGUAGUAAUCCACUUGGGACUGAUACUCUUCGAAGAUAUACCGCUGUACUUGAAUGCAAUUGGAGUUAUACAGCAGAUUUUGUACGGAUUUUUAUUGAAAGAUUUUCCAGUCGUCCGAGUUACCAGUGUCGCCUUCAUGACUGCUGUUUUGAAUCUGAUAUUACAUCACUAUCUGGCGAUUAAGUACUUUGGACAAGUCCAUUAUGCCUUUUCUGAGGUUCUAGCUUACUUUACUCUCUGCCUAUGGAUAGUGCCCUUGGCCCUUUUUGUUUCACUGUCAGCAAAUGACUAUGUGCUGCCAACUACCGGAGAAAGACAGCACUUAUUAGAUGACGACAACGUGGUCACAGAUUACUUAUCUCGGAAAGCGAAACGGUACAGUCUCCUGUCAUUCUUCAGUUUCGCUAAAGAAUCAAUACUACCGCAGAGAAGCAAAAAGGCUUUUUAAAUAUAUGUAGUGUUCAAAUAGUUACACCCAAGUAGCUAAUUUAUGAUAAUUUAGGAGUUGCCAGUAUAAAGUUGUCAUGUCGCUUUAAAAAGUAAUGGCAAUCUUAAGAGCAAUGGAGGGAAAAUUUUUAUUUUCAAUCAUUCACAAUUUACAUUUUGAAUUUUAAUGCGAUUUUUAUAAUUAUAUUUUUAAGGGUCUACUAAACACACUAUUUAGACAUAUGAUGUAUUAAUUAAAAUAAUAACAAUAAAAUUGUGUGCGUGUC